AUGAAGACCAAGUCAGCUCUUCAUUCUCAGUCGCUGACCAUGCGCUGUACACUUCACCAAAUUCCCCGGCUGCCUUUCACAAGGUCUCGCAGGACGUCUUUUCUACCAGCCUCAAGCAGAUCACUAUGUGCUGCGCGUCAGAUCCAGGGGCCCAUCGGGGUGGAAGAAUUUCGGAAGCAAGCCAUGGAGAAGAAUGAGCCUCUGCUCAUCAAAGGGCAGCAAGAGCCUUCGCAAGCCAUGACAAAGUGGUUCGAAUUCCACCCAGUGCCCAGGACAAUAAACAAGACAGCUGUAGCUCUUUCCGAGCAUUUUACUCAUCCAUUCGACGUUAAAAUGGUCCCGUAUGAGCUCACGGUUCCCACAUGGCGUCCCAGAGGCUUCGAUGGCGACAAUGUGGACCGGUUCAUCAGCUGGAUGGCCAAUACACAAACAGGUUGGCCCCAUCUGUGGCUUUCGUCUUACCUUCAUGACAUCAAACAACAAUUGGGCGAUGAGUACGACGAACACCACCGCUUCCUCCGCUUCGAGGCACCAAUUUCCCUCAUGUCUGCUGCGCUGCGCUACAAUGCUGUCAAGGUUUCAUUCCAGCGCGUCACUCAGCUCUACAUCGCACAGGCUCCGAUAUCUGACUUGCCGGCCACUCUCCAAGACGAUGUGGCGACGCCAGAGAUUGUUCUCAAAGCGGGCAAGGGCGACGUGUAUGGUUCCAGUAUUUGGCUCGGGUUAGAGCCAACCUACACACCAUGGCACUGUGAUCCAAAUCCGAAUUACUUCUGUCAGAUCUAUGGAGGAAAAGUGAUCAGGCUUCUACCACCAGGCCUCGGCAAGAGUCUAUUCCGCAAGGUUCAAGCAGAACUGGGACAGACGGGGAGCUCAACCAUUCGCGGGGACGAAAUGAUGCAAGGCGAAGAGAGGACCUUGCUGACAACAAAGGUCUGGACCGAGGAAGCACCAGAGGAGAUGAUGGAGGUUGUUGUAUCUCAGGGGGAUUCGCUUUUCAUUCCCAAAGGAUGGUGGCACAGCGUGAAAAGCGUGGAUUACAAAGGCGAUCUGAACGGGAGUGUAAACUGGUGGUUUAGGUGA